CGAAGAAGAAGAAGCGGGUUAACCGACCAGUGCCGGGUUACGAAAUUACCCGCAGCAACAGCGGCGGCCGUUGUUCCAGCUCCGUCAGCGCCAUGGCGGCAGUGCGCAGCUUACGGGUGUCGGUGAAGUCAGACAGCGGCUCGGACCGCUCGGAGUCGGACUCGGAUUCCGAGUCGGACCGAGAUGCCCGCGACGCCGAACCGAUGGAGGUGGAGGAGGGCGAGCUGGAGGCGGAGGACAUCUCCGUUAACCGCUCCCUGAAGGAGCUGCUGCCGGAUACGAGUCGGCGGUACGAGAACAAAGCUGGAGCCUUCAUCACUGGGAUCGAUGUCAACUCAAAGGAGGCGAUCGAGAAGAAAGAGAAGCGAGCGAGGCGUUUUCAUUUCCGCGGUGAGGAGGAAAGCGUCAUUCAGAGGAACGUUUUCCUGGACAAAGACGGCAUGAAGAAAGCCAUCCCCAGACUGCGCAUGGAGGCGAUCCACGUGACGGGCGUGGACGACAUGAGCACGCAGGACGUCUUCGGGUAUUUUAAGGAGUAUCCUCCGGCGCACAUUGAGUGGAUCGACGACACGUCCUGUAACGUGGUUUGGCUGGACGACAACACGUGCAUCCGAGCCCUCAUCAACGCCAGCCGGAUGCCUGACCCGGAGGCGGUUGCCACGGAGACAGAGAGCAGCAGCCAGCCGGGUGAGCAGAGCAAAGUCUCAGGGCGCCACGGCCAGGGGUCGGAUGACGAGGAGGAGGAGGAGGAAGAGGGCGAAGUGGACGAGGACGAGGAGGAGAAGAAGAGCGGCGAGGAGACCGAGGGCAAAGACAGCGACGGAGAGGCGGCGCUGACGACGAAGGCGGAGGGCGGUCAGGUGGAAGAUCUGUCACGAGCCGAGAGAGAAUCUCUGCUGAGGAACGACCUGAGGCCCGCCAUCAAACCCUUCAAAGGAAACAAGCUGUUCCUACGCUUCGCCACGCAAGAUGAUAAGAAGGAACUGGGCGCCGCUCGCCGCAGCAGAUACUACAUGAAGUACGGAAACCCCAACUAUGGAGGCAUGAAGGGAAUCCUCAGCAACUCCUGGAAGAGGAGGUAUCACAACCGGAGGAUCCAGAGAGAUGUCAUCAAGAGCAAGAAGCCUCUGAUUGGAGACAGCAUGGGACACACACCUCCGUACACACACCGACACUCAGCCGACCUGGUCAACCUGCCCGAAGAGCCCAUCAAGGAGGAGGAGGAGGAGGAGGAGGAAGAGGACGGCGACGAAGACAUGGACUCAGACGAUAGGGUGGUGGAGUACAAGGAGAGGGGAGAGAGGGGCAGCAGCUCGCGCUCCCUGGGGGCGGGGCUUCGCAGCCGGGCGGAGCGAUCUCCGUCCCCCUGGUCGGAGUCGGACGAGAUGGACUACGACCUGGAGCUGAAGAUGAUCUCCACACCGUCCCCCAAGAAGAGCAAGAAGAUGACCAUGUACGCCGACGAGCUGGACACGCACCUGAAGAGCAUCCGGAACCGGAUCGGAGGUUCGGCAUCACAGACCAGGACCAAAUCAUCAUCGCCCACCAAGGUGACGGACGUCCGGCAGCUGCUGGAGGAGAAGAGGCAGGGCACCUCUCAGAACCGACAGCCCCCCCCGGUGUCCAGCAGUGGUAAGACAGAUGUUCGGCAGCGGCUCGGGAAAAGACGCUACUCUCCAGACAGACGGCGUUCCCCCUCCCCCGUCUCCCCCAGAGACACGCCGCCAGCCAGAGAGCCAAUCAGGGAUGUGCAUCGCAGACUGGGCGUGGCCAGCCAGGACAGCAGAGGCCUCUACUCCAACUCAUCCAAAGACAGAAAGACAAGUGGACUGUGGAGUCGGCUCGGCUCCAGCGAUGACGACGGCGGCACCAGCGGACGUCACAACCGCAGAUCAAGCAGCCACUCGGGGGGAAUCUUCUCCUCCUCGACGUUGUCGGGGCGGGGCGACAGCGGCGGCGUCGGCAGCAGAGUCGGGAGGAGACGAAACGACCGAGAGGAGGAGGUGGAGGAGAAACAGGAGGAGGAGGAGGACGACUCGACGCUGCAGAGGAUGUGGGGUGCCAUGAUCAAACAGAAGCAGGAGCGUCUGUCCCAUAAGAUGAAGAAGAGCCGGCUGGACAACCUGCCGUCGCUGCAGAUCGAAAUCAGCCGUGACAGCAGCGACGAGUCUGACACCUGAAACUGAGCCGAGAGGAGGAGAGGAGGACAGCCAGCCGGAGUUUGUUUCUCCUCUGAACUUUAAAUUUCCAGUUUAAAGACACACAUGCAGGUCUGAGGCCAGUGUGGACGGGUUUUAAUUUCACAUUUUGUUUCCGCAGGGCCUUGAUGGAUGUGAGCUUGGAUCUCCUCAUGGUGUUUGUUUGCUCCCAUUGAGAGUCUCUGCAUCGUGUCUGUCACCAAGUUCCUUUUUCCAUCUCGUUACGUGGAAAUUUUGCUCAUAGUUUCCUCAAAAUGAUUGGCUGUAAAUGACAGGAUAUUUCCAACUAAGUCCCACCCAGUUUGGUGCUAAUCCAAAGGAAACAAAGAAAGCCUCCUGAUCCCUCUCUGCUCCAUAUUCUACAUAUCUGAGAUAUUUAUCAGCUGCAGAAGCUCCGUCAGCUGUUUUCCUGUUGGGAUGCAACACAGCAUCAUGGGAAACGCUGUUUAAUAGGGCUGCACGAUAUAUUGAUUCAGCAUCAACGUGUAAAAUCAGGAAGUUUAACAUCAAUAUUGCACUUUUUUUCACAUGAACAGAAAAGUGAACGAGGAGAGAAAAGGAAGAUCUGGUUGCAACAAGAAAAGCAGCAUCACUUGUAGGGCUCAGUGGAAUAUUAAUCACCAUGAUGAUUUGUUUUCCCACAAUUAAAUGCACAUAAUUGACUGCUCAAAGAAAACAGCACAUUCAGAGUAAAGCACAAAAAAAUCUGACAUAAGAAAAUUUUACAUCACUGUUUUCAAACAAAUUUUUGCUCACAUCCCUGUGAGCUGCUGCAGUAAGUGAGUGGAGACUAGAAGCUUCUAGUGCAGCCUGAACAUCAGAAAAUCACAGUGUCGGUCAGGAAUCAGAUUCUCAGCAAGUGAGGAUGCGAUUUAAUUUAUAUUCAGCCUCUAGGAGAUGCACUGAAUCCAGCUGAAGGUCAUUUAAAGUUUAAUUUCGAUGCAAAUUUGUAAAAUUCCAGUAAAAUUGAGCACUGCACUUUGUUUAUUUAAUUAUGAAAGUACAGUAAAGACAGUUUGUCCCUAAAAUCAAUUAAUAAUCGUGAUAAAUGAUCUCAAUAUUGUUCAAAGUAAGUGUAAUUGAGCAGCUCUAGUUGGUUGUAUUAAAAUAUAUCAGCUACACUAAAGAUGAUGGUUCUCUGAUUGCAGCACAGAGCUCCACAUGAUGAGUUCAAAGCCAGAUCUGAAUUACUAUUUUGGAUGUCGUUCAUCACAGCUUAAUUUUCAGCUUUUAAAGAUAAUUUAAAUUUUCUUUGCAGAUGCACUUGUCUGCAAAAUCAUUCUGGACUGAUUUAUUCAUUUCCAAAUAGCGCUUUUCGAGUCAUGUGGUGAAAAUUCCUGCAUUUUUUUCAGUACAUAUCCGAGUAAACCAAAAUAUGUCCCUGUUUUCAUAUAUCAUGCAGCCCUACCGUGAUCAUUCCUACGUUACAGCUGUGGAUUCCUUCUCUGCGUUUACCUGCGACCCUUCGGAGGGUCGAACCCUCAGCCGUAGCGGUCGAAUCACUGCCUCGCUCCAAACCAUUCCUCAAAGCUCUUCAUCGUCCGGCUGCAGCUCCUCCUCGACACAUGUCCAAUCACAUAAACUAUUUCCUGGCCCCAUUCGAGUGUUCGCUGUGGAGAGACGGACGCACAAGAGGAUCAGUUAAAGGUGAAAAUGAGAAGAGACUCCACCUGAAACUCCACCUUCAGCUUCCAGCCAUUUUCAUCUCGUUCCUCUCGAAGCUAAAAGAUCUGAUCAGACUCCAAAACAAAAGAGGAGAAACCAGAUUAUUUUCUGAUGGUUGUGGGACAUUUUCGUACUUUUUUAAAAAAAAAUCGCCUUCUGUGUUACUGAUCAGCAUCCAGGUUCGCUGACAGACUGAAAACUGUAUCGUACAUCCACAUUCAGAUUUGUGUUGUUUUGUUUUUUUAAAUCAGACCUUUGGGGCCACAGCGACUGUAAUCCAGGCAGGUGACAUCAGACUGUUGCUCACAUGUUUAGAUCAUUAUUAAAAUGCUGAAUUAUGUUUUA